AAAUCCUUGUGAAUUAAUUAAUCAUCAAAACUAUGUAAAUUUUUAGGCUAAUACGAGAGUAACAAUAAUUAGCCCAUUGAUGAAAUCAUAAUUAAAACUGAUUAAUUGUUGUUUCAUUGAUUAAUCAGAAUGAAAAGAGAUUCUUUCAGUUUAAACUCUCAGAUUCAAGAUGAAAUUUAAAUUGUAUUUUAUUUUAAUUAUUGUUACUCUAGUUGAGUUAAAUUAUGCAAAUUAUGAGAAACCAAUUUACCUGAGUGAUUAUCAACAAAUUAAUUCAGUUCUUUGUGUCAGUGUAGCUUAUUUAAUCCCAAGGUAUAAGUAUUCGGAUCUUGGUUCUUUGUUAAUUGUUUCACGACAAUUGGACUCGACUGGACAAUUAGUUGAAAACUUGAUCAAAGAAAUCAAGUUGGAACGAGAAUCAGCUCUUAAUUGGAAUAUUUUUUCAAGAACAAUUUACUUUGAUCGAUCAGGUAUUUAUCGAAUUGCCGUUAAACAAAAACAACCGGAGGAUAUUCAAGAGAUCGUCGUGUCAUUAGAGGUCACAUUACGCAAGAAAAAGUGUCACAAUGAAUCACCUUAUGAGCAAAUAACUGACCAAACAACAACAAUUACCUCACAAGUUGACCAAUCAACCAGAUCUUAUACAACCAAUACACCGAUCGAUUUGAUUAGCACAUUUAGCUCUUUGACAUCAACAAUCGACGGGCUUAGUGCUCAUUUAGCAACAGUCGAACCACAAGUUGAUCAAUCAACCAAAUCUUGUACAUCUAACUCACCAGUCGAAACUAUUACUACUUCAAAUGACCUAACAGCGACAAGCAACUUCCCUGAUACUCAUAUAACACAAUCACUUGACUCAUCUGUAGUGACAGAAUCACUAGAAAUAAGUACAAUCGAAACUUUGACCUCAACUUUAACACUGACCACCUCUAACUCAGACAUUAUUUUGACCUCUACGAGUUACAAUCCAACCGCUAGUCAAACCAAUGAUCCUUUGAUUUUACCAUCGACAACAAUUAAAUUAACCACACCAGAGUAUCUCGAGCCAACAACUAUCGAUGAUCAGACAACUCACUCCAAUUAUGAUGAUAAAGUGACCAAAUCUUAUACAGUUAACCCGCCGGUCAAACCGAUUACCACACUAAAUCCAAUUGAAUUGGAGACUGAAUUUACUUCAACAACUCAUGAUCAUAAAUCUCAUGUAACACAAUCAAUUGAAUCAACCACAGAAUCAGAAAAAAUGAUGACCGAGAUGUUGACAACCUCCAAGUCGGACAUUAGUUUCACCACAACCUCAGAGUAUUUUAAAUCGACAGUAAUUGAUGACGAAACCACACAAUUAACAGAAAGAACAACAUCCAAUCACAAUCAAGAAAUCACAUCAACAACAAUUACAAAUGAAUCAACAACGAUAACAUUUAACAAUUCAACACAAAAUUUACCAAAUGGAUCAACUUAUUCAAUUCUAACGACAGAGUCAAUGAAAAUCAGUACAACCGGAACUCCAACCAAAACAGUGCCCACCUUUGAGUCAAGUACAAUGUUAUCAACGACACCAGAAUCACAAUUAGACAUUGAUUAUAAAACUAGUACAAUCUUAUCCGCUACUGAUGGUCAACCGCAAUUAACAACAACUGAUUCGGAUGAUUAUCAAUCAACAGCUUUCGUUUUAACUGAUAGACCAGUAACCGAAUCAAUUCAAAUUGGGACAUCACCAACAGCUUUACAAACUCAGGCUGAGCAACAAUUAACGACGACCCUUGAGCCUGAAACUGAAGUCACAAAUGAACCACAAUUAACAACAACAAUCAAACCAGAAAUCGAGACAACAACAGAGCCAAUCAUUUACUCAACAACAAUUAAUUUUGAAACUUCAACAACUUUUCAAACUCAGACUGAACCACAAUUAACCACAACAACUACACCUGAAACUGAAACAAUGACGGAGCCAAUGAUUUAUACAACUACAGAACAAUUAACAACGACUCAUCAAGAUGAACCUGAAACUACAACACAAUUAAUCACAUCGACAACAAUCAGUGAGGUUACAACUGAAUCAAUAAUUGAUACAACCACUCAACAAACCAUUGAUACAACAGCCCAACCGACUCAAACUGAGCCACAAUUAACCACAACAAUCAAGACUGAAACCGAAGCAACAACAGCAGACCCACAAUUAACAACGACAAUCAAACCAGAAAUUAAGACAACGACAAUAACCGAGCAAUCAACGACUCAGCAACCCGAUGAACCACUGACACAAUUAAUCACAACAAUCAAACCCGAAAUUGAAACAACAACCCAAUCAACUAAAACAGCAACAGAGUCAAUGAUUUAUACAAUUAAUUUUGAAGCAACAACAAACACUCAAACUCAUACUGAACCACAAUUAACCACAGCAAUUAGGCCUACAGAUUUGAAAUCAACGACUUCAAUUGAGCCAUUAAUUUAUAUAUCUACAGGCCAAUCAGCUUUUCGCCAACCUGAUGAAAUCACAACAAUUUCAAUCACUACAAACGCAACAGAAUCAACCACAGCAAUCAAACCAGAAAUCGUGACAACCACAGAGCAAUUAAUUAAUCAACCACCUGAAAAUCCAGAGACUGCAACACAAUUAAUCACAGCAUCUUCAUCAAUUUUUGCUAAUUUUCAUAUUAAUUUAACUUUUUUUGGACUUAAAAUUGCUUCUAUUUUAUCAGAUCGUCGUUACUCAUCUUUUCUAGUGAUUUGUAUCGCACUUGGAUUAGGACUUUCACUUUUAAUCAGUGGACUUACAAUACGAUCAAUUCAGAGGAGGAAACAACGUAAACUAAUUGCUCAACGUAACUUUGAUAUUCUUUAUCAAGAUUUCGUGACAAUUAACGAGAAAAAUAAACGCGAAUGGAUUGUCAUGUCAUCGUUAAAUUGAUCAGAAUCUCUGUAAUAUUUAAUUAAGUAAUUAACAAUAACACCAAUUCAACUCGCAAACAAUUAAAUCAAAUUAACUUUUUAGUUUGAAUCGACCAAAUUAUCUAAAUAAAGUUUACAUUCUUAAUAA